CCACUCUCUCUCUCUUGAGCGGGAAAAUGAAUAAAAGCUUCUCUAUUCUCUCUCUUUCCAUAUUUAACACUUACGUUCUCUCUCUAUCCUCAUCUAUGGAACUUCUUCACCUCUAUCAUCAUCAUCUCUUCUGUUAUCAUGCCAUGCCUUCCUCCUUCUUUGGUCUUUGAUUUCUGGGUCCCUUUGUGAAGCUCCUUUCUGAGCGAUCUCGGGUCUUGUUUAGUUGUUUUGCUUAGUGUCUUUAGCUCUGAAUUUGAGAGAUAGCUAGUGAGCUAGUCUUUGGUCGUCUCAUACGGCUGUGGGUGCUGUGUGGAGUUGAGGAAGAAACAUGGCGGUUGCUUUUGACGAGGGAUUCUCGAUUCGUGAAUACACAGCUAAGAUGAGGGCGGUGGAUGUGGGAAAAUGCUGGCCGUUUGGCGCUAGUGGUGGUGGAGAAGACCCAGAUGAAAAUGAAAUCAGCGAACAACGCCUAGAAGCUCUCCUCCCUCCAAUCACCGUCACCAAAUUCCGCUGGUGGUCCCAUGAGCUGAGCAAGAUUCAACAACAGCAACAACAAGGAGUUGCUGGUAUUCCAGGAAAUGAGGCCAAGGAGGAGGACGAGGAGAAAUUGGAGAUUGUGUGUCCGGUUUGUGGGAAUUUCGCGGCGGCCACUCUGAAAGCGGUUAAUGCUCAUGUUGAUAGCUGUCUUGCUCAUGCUCAAAGAGAGGAUAGAAGGAAUAUGAGAAUGUCAUUGAAGGCCAAAUCCAAAUCUCCUAAGAAAAGAUCCAUUAUUGAGAUCUUUGCAGUUUCGCCACAGAUUGAGAAGGUCGUUGAUGAUGAUACUAUAGCAGAUGAUGAUGAUUUUCCUCAUGCUCAUGAUGAUGGUGAUUUGGAUGUUUUGAAGACAAAGCAUGAUGAGCAGAAAAGAAAAAAGGUUAAUAUCAACAAGAAGAAGAUAAAGAAAGCAGCGAUUGCGAACAAGUUGAUGCUGGACCAGAAGAAAAAGAAAUUGAAAAAGAAGAAGAUGAAGAACAAGAAGGGGCCAAUAACAAAUAAGGGGAGUGCUAUGAUGCUUAAAUUGCCAAUUUCCGUUGAUUGUUCAACAAAAGCAUAUAAGUCAUUUUGCAAUAAAGGGGUUGCAAAAGACAUUUUGGAUGGCGUUUCAAUCCAGAGAAAUAGAUUGGGACUGAAAGGCUCUAUACAAAAGAAACACGGUGUUCAGGCAUCAAAAUUUAUUGCAAAGCACCGGAAAGCAGCCAUUCAUGUUCGUGGUAUUCUUAAAAGUAAUAUGAAACUUAUUCCUCAGCAGAAUUCUGAGAUUUGCAACUUACCAGGUGGUAGUCAAACGAAUUGUUGUGAACUUCAACAUUCAGACAGGCAUGUCAGGUUCUCAGGUAAAGAUGACAUACUCGGUCCAAGGAAGAGAAACUUAAGUUCCAAUGUUCAAAAUAUGUUUGGCACAUACAGAGAUGCCCUUGCUUCUCAGUUGGAGGAUGACCACUCCUCAGAAAAUGAUAAACAAUCAGCUUCUGUGAGGGUGAAUGGAACUAGUGAUGUUUCUGUUAGCACUGGAAAUGGAAGUGUGCGGCAAACAAAGAUUAGCAAGAAUCAGUUGCCAGGUAUUCAUGAUCCUGUUGGUAUGCCAAAUUUUCUGAGCCCGUAUCAAGGAAAAGAGCAGCAUACCUCAGAUAGAUCACCCCCAAGCCAAGUUAUAAUUCGUGAUGACAAUUUGCAUAUUUUCGAUCAAGGAUAUCAAACUGCACCACAAAAUCCCACAUAUGCUGGCAUUUUGAGACUCCUUCCUACAAUGAAUGAAGCAAAAAAUCUCCAUGUAAAUUCUCAGUUAUGCGGUAACGUAACAAUGGCUUCCAAUCCAAGAGGAAAGUUAGUUGAUUAUUUCGAAGAUCACAAAGAUGGAUUUGCAGCCGGGGGUUUGUUGGCAAGUACAAGGGCAUCUAUGCAGCCUCCAUCAUGCGAUUUUGCUUCAUUUGACAGCGCAAUCACGAGGGUUUCCUUUAUGCCACAAUCUUCCAUCAAAAGUAUCAGUGGGCAAUCUUUGCAAUGCCAACCAUUUUUUCAUCUUUCUCCAAUGGAAUUUAUGAAUUCAGGCUGCCAGCAAGGAGUAGGUGCCUUGAGUGAAAAGUGCAUAGAUGGGGAAUUUUGUGGCCUACCUCUCAACUCACAUGGUCAACUAAUGCAGGUGAGUUCAAGUGGUAAUGUUGGUUUACAACAGCCAAAGAAGUCCACUUUGAUAACUGCAAGUAGAUCAUCUCCACGCAAUGCUGUCGUACCUGGAAGUUUGGGAAAUUUUGUAAGUGAAAAGCAUCCUAUUGAGCAGGCAGUUGCAAAAGGCCAGUUAAAUUUGUUACCUAUACAGAAGAAUCAUAAUGUACAAUUUCCAGCUAGAUUUUGUGUUAAUGAGUUGCCAAAUACUGGAAGACUGGAUGUCCAUUUGCUAAAUUCUGAGGGCAGAACUAACAAUAGUGUCCACCCGUCAGAUUCAAGGCCAAGUUUGAUGAAUAUAUCUCUCAAUCAAUGGAGGCAGUAUGGUCAGAAUCAGAACGAAAAGGGAACUCAGAUGAUUCAUCUGAAGGAAAAUUCAGAUAACAUAGCACUGGAAACUGCACGACCAACAAUGAGGUUGAUGGGAAAAGAUGUUGCAAUUGGGAGAAGUAACAUAGAGAUGCAAGGGUUUGAUGAUGAAAAGAUCUGGACAGAUAAAGAAAUCAUACAAGAGUGUCAUCCUGCAAGUAUUGUUCUGGAUAAUUCCUUGCACAAUAGACGUAUUCAACAGGACAGGGUUUUGUUCCCAGCAUUAGGAAAAUCAGAGGAAAGUUUGCUUUAUCCUCUAGAAGCUGAAAAUCAGGCCUCACAAAGCAAUUUCUGGGUGAAAGUUUCAGAAUCUAGAUCACACCCAUAUUUCAACUGGAAAACUAAUGCUGCUUUCCAAAAUGGUCACCUUUCUGUUAACAGGAUUGCUAGUUCUCAGAUGCACCCUUCUGCUUGUCCGUCCUCUCCUCUUGAUAUGAUAUGUAAGGGAGCCAACUUUCAGGAGUCACUUCUAUCUGGUGCUGAAACUGUUAGUAUCAGCUCUCAGCUGCCGAUACCGUCUUCUUCUCUGGAAACACAUCCAUGUAUGGGUGGGAUACCUGCUAAAAUAAAUUGCCGGCAGAAUCUACCACAUACAAGGAAAUCAGCCUUUGGCUUUCCCUUCUUACGCCCUGAUUGUAGUAAACGUGUCCAGUCAUCUUCUUUUGCAAGCUCCUCUAGGAACCUGCCUCCAGGGUUGACGACCAUACAAGUGAAACCAGCAACUAUGCCUUCUCAGACUCUUCCUGAUGUGGGUGGUAAACAUCAUCAUUGCAAUACUACUGGAACUGAUUUUCUUACUGCUUUUCACCAUUCAUCUGCAGUUUCCCAUUCUCAUAGUUCCAUGGUUUCAAACCCACACCUGAAGAGUUCAUUUGGAUCAGCAUUGUUUGUUCAACCUCCAUUCUUUCCAUUCAGUGCAGGAAUUAAUCCAAAUUUUUCCAUGAACAUGAGCUAUGGGAACAACAUUAAUGUUGGAGAGAGAAUGAAGUCAAAUACUUUUGGCAUUAAUCUGCCUGACCAUUACCAGAAAAUCAGAAAGAGGCCUGCAGCAACAGCAGAUGAUUUGUUGAGAUCCACAAAAAUGCCUAGACCGAUCUGUGAAGAUUCAAAUGCAGCCACAGAGCUGGCGAGAGGGAAAUCUAGCAGUGAAAUCUGGCAUAACGCUGGGGCACAUCAACCCAAUUCAAAUGGGAAUAAAGCUAUUGAAGUAGGAUGUGGUCCAAAUGAGGCCGAGAAGGAGGGGCUUGGAACUUCACAUGACGUUGAUUCUUGCAAAGCAGAUGGUAUGGUGAAAUCAGGUCCCAUUAAACUUACUGCAGGAGCAAAGCACGUCCUGAAACCCAGUGGGAAUAUGGAUCAAGAUAAUUCCAGGCUCAUGCAUUCAACCAUCCCUUUUGCUGCUGUGACUGAUUGUGACAGUUUUUUGGAUUCUCAGAAGAAAUCAAUGAUUUACAGGUUUUAGGGGUAUGUCCUGUCAAAUGCAUAUGUGCCUUGCCUAUGUCUCUGUGCUUGUUCAUGCUUAUUAAAUGUAACAUAAAUCAGACGUAAUGAAACAUUUUAAAGCCGAGGUUUCUUCUUUUUUUCCUGUUAAAACUUGGCUCUAGGUGUGAAAUUAUGUAAUAACAAUUUACAAUUAAUAUUGCAACUUCUGAAUGUUGUGCUGUGCUGUUUGA